AUGUCUGCAAAUCAAAACGUUUCCUCUUCCUCCGAUACACAUCAUCAUCAUCACGAAGGAUGUUCUCAUGAUCAUCAUCAUCAUGACGAGAGCUGUGGACAUGAUCAUCAUCAUGAUGAACAUUGUACUCAUGAGCAUUAUCAUCACCACGGUGAGGCUUGCACUCAUGAACAUCAUCAUCACGAUGAAAAUUGCGGACAUCGCCACCAUCAUCACCAUGAAGGAUGCAGCCACGAUCAUGAUCAUCACCACCAUCAUCACGACGAAAAUUGCGGACAUCACCAUCAUCAUCAUGGACAUCAUCAUCACCAUCAUCAUCAUAUUCAAAUUAUGCCAUAUGCAAAUGAACAUAACAACAAAAAGCUUGUCAAGAAUUUUUCACCAUUAAUUAUGGCCUGUUUGAGAAAUGACACAAAAUUGGCAUUAAAGUUAUUGACUUCGGAAAAUGUGAAUGAUAGAAGUGUUGAUAAUUUUACACCAUUACAUUUUGCAAUGAUGAAUGGAAAUUCUGUACUGGUUGAGAAAUUAAUAGAAGCAGGAGCUCGGCUUGAUAAGAGAACUCUUACGCACGAUGGAAUGACUCCUUUGAUUUUGGCAAUAAGAGAAGGUCAUGUGGAAGCUAUUAAAAAGUUUUUGGAAUGUGCCAAGAGAAAAUUAGAAUCAGGGAAUAAUCCUCGCAAUUUGACCAUUCAAUCCAUUGUGAAUCAAGGCAAUUUAUUUGGAGAAACACCAUUGCAUUAUGUUUGUAAAAUGUUCAUGGUACUCUCACGUGCUUUGGAAAUUGCAAAGGUGUUAGUCGAAGAGUAUGGAGCCGAUACGAAUGCUACUGCCAUUGGAAUGUUAAAACAGACACCUCUCACCACACUAGCUCACACAGUACCACCAGAAAGUGUCAUUCCCAUGAUGAAAAAUGUAAGCUCGCAUGUUUUGAGAGACUGCAAACAACUUGUGCAAUUGUUAGAGUCACACAAUGGAAAGACCACUGACCAUGAUGCUCCCGAAGCUCCACUUUUAAUUUUGGGUCCAAAUGUACCAAAAAUUAUUGGACCUCCUGGAGUUCCAUCACAACUCUUUGCUCAUCACCGAGAUACUGCUAACAGAAAAAUGGAACUCGAUUUCGGAGGAGCCUAUUGGAGCUAUGGAUGCCUUGAAUGUUUUUAUUUGGGAAAGAAGCCACGUGUUGGACUCGCUGUCGACUUUUUAAUACCUUUCACAAAAACACAAAAGAGCUUGAAUGCCACAGUCAUGCAAGGAAUUAUUCAUCAAGUGAAUUAUGCGAACAGUGAAAAGAAAUCCAUGCGUUAUGAAGAUUUGAUUGACUUGGAAACUGGAGCAAGAGCAUCCUUUGUAGCAACUGCUGUCGUUACUGCUGGUCACUUGGAAAGAUUAUCUGACAUUUUCCCUGGUGAGUAUGAAGUGACCGUCGAGUGGCAUCCAGAAUAUUCCAAAGAGCAUCCAUGGAUUGUGACACGUAUUUUCCAAAAAGAUGACAAAAAUGAUAGUAUUGUAGAUUUGGCAAGCAAUGCUCAUCAAGCCGAGUUAGAGAAUGGUAGAUCUGUUCUACCAAACGCCAAACCUCACAGAUGCACCGUUGUUAAAGGAUUGGAAGAUGCUCAUGGUUCACAUCAUCAUGAUUUACCUCCAAGAGUCAUGGUUGGAGUAGAACUUUAUUCACCCUACAAAAUUUGUAUCAUUAAUUAUGCUCCAGACGAGUUUAACCCUAAUGGUUCAAGUGAUACGCAAAUGGUGGACGAGCAAAAUUUUAGUAACAUGCUCGCUCAAGUGGUGCAAACAGGUGCUGAGCUUGUUAGAAGAGGAAAACCACAGAUAGAUAUUGUAGUUGAUGGUAAAAAGCUAAAUGUGAUGGAAAUGUUGAAGAAUCAACUCAAAAAACAAAUCCAACACGCAACAGUUUCAUCACCAUCCACAACAGCAAAAGCAGCUGAAAAACCAACACAAGCAGACAAGUGUGCAAACUGCAACAAAGCAGGUACCAAAACAGCUCCACUCAAGAGAUGUUCAGCAUGUCAAAGCGUUUUCUAUUGCUCUUCGAAAUGUCAGGUCGAAAAUUGGCCCAAACAUAAGGCAACUUGCUUGGCCAAAAGAUCGAAGAAGUAA